AAGCUACUCAAGCUCAGUAAGAAAAAAGAUCCUAUUAGUCUAUAAGGAAUAAAGAAAAGUGAGUGCAAGAAUGUUAAUGAGAGCACUAAUAUUGUUGGUUCUAUGUGAGUGCAUGAUGUUAGAAGCACAGCUUCAAGUGGGAUUUUAUGAAAAUUCAUGUAGUAAGGCUGAGUUCAUAGUGAAACAAGAGGUUACAAAGGCCUUCUUUGAAGAUAGGGGAGUGGCUGCUAGCCUUGUUCGCAUGCAUUUCCAUGAUUGCUUCGUUAGGGGGUGUGAUGGAUCAGUCCUGAUCGACUCGACUCCAUCAAACACAGCAGAGAAGGACUCACCAGUAAAUAAUCCGAGCCUUCGAGGUUUUGAAGUAAUUGACAGUGCAAAGGCGAGGUUGGAAUCCGUUUGUCCUGGAGUUGUUUCGUGUGCUGACAUAGUCACAUUUGCAGCCAGGGAUAGCGUAGAGUUAACUAGAGGAUUUGGCUAUGAAGUUCCAGCUGGUAGAAGAGAUGGCAGAAUCUCAUUAGCUUCCGAGACACGAAGUUUUCCGUCUCCUGCAUUCAACGUUAACCAGCUCACCCAAAAUUUCAAAGAUAUGGGACUCACUCAAGAAGAAAUGGUUACUCUAUCGGGAGCACACACCAUUGGUCGAUCUCACUGCGUGUCCUUCAGUAACAGAUUAUACAACUUCAACUCAACAAUGAGCCAGGAUCCUAGUCUUGAUCCUGCCUAUGCAGCCCAGUUGAAGCAGCUAUGUCCACAAGGCAGCAAGGAUGCAAAUUUGGUGGUGCCAAUGAACCCUGCAAGCCCAGCUAUCACUGAUGAAGGUUACUACACCGAUAUUCUGGCCAACAGGGGCUUGUUCACCUCCGAUCAAACUCUACUCACUAAUCCAACUACAGCUACCCAAGUAGCGCAAAAUGGCAGGAAUUCAUUCCUCUGGAAAACUAAAUUUGCUUUUGCAAUGGUGAAGAUGGGCCAGAUUGGUGUCUUGACAGACACUGCUGGUGAGAUCCGAGCUAACUGUAGAGUCAUCAACAGCUAAACAAAUGCUAUAUAUCUCUGUAUCCUAAGAGGGGGCUGCUGCUUUCAAGCUGGAGCUUUCACACUGCCGUAUUUCUUCAACCUAUUAGUACUGUGAAAAGCAUUAUUCAGGAACUAGAUUAUAUAGGUAAUGCUUUGCUGCCCUAUUAUGUCAUUUUGUAUCAUUUCCAGAAUAUCUUCAUGGAGAGAUGUAAGACAAAAGUGUUUGUGUUA